AUGGAGCUCUCCGAUGUGCGCUGCCUGAGCGGCAGCGAGGAACUCUACACCAUCCACCCGACGCCCCCGGCCGGCGACGGCGGGAGCGGCUCCCGGCCGCAGCGGCUGCUGUGGCAGACGGCGGUGCGGCACAUCACCGAGCAGCGCUUCAUCCACGGGCACCGCGGCGGCGGCGGGAACGGAAGCUCCAGCAAAGCCUCGGACCCCGGAGGCGGCGGCCCCAACCACCACCACGCGUCGCAGCUGUCUGGCGACUCGGCGCUGCCCCUCUACGCGCUGGGCCCUGGGGAGCGAGCGCACGGCACCGGCGGCCCCAAAGUCUUCCCGGAACGCAGCGGGAGCGGCAGCGGCAGCGGCAGCGGCGGCGGGGGCGACCUGGGCUUCCUGCACCUCGACUGCGCCCCGAGCAACUCGGAUUUCUUCCUCAGUGGGGGCUACAGCUACCGAGGGGUCAUUUUCCCCACCCUGCGCAACUCCUUUAAGUCCCGGGAUCUGGAGCGCCUCUACCAGCGCUAUUUCCUGGGCCAGAGGCGCAAAUCGGAGGUGGUGAUGAACGUGCUGGACGUGCUGACCAAACUCACCCUCCUGGUUCUCCACUUGAGCCUGGCCGCGGCCCCCAUGGACCCGCUCAAGGGCAUCCUGCUGGGCUUCUUCACCGGCAUAGAGGUGGUGAUCUGCGCCCUGGUGGUGGUCAGGAAGGACACCACCUCGCACACAUACCUGCAGUACAGCGGUGUGGUCACUUGGGUAGCCAUGACCACCCAGAUCUUAGCAGCAGGGCUCGGCUAUGGGCUCCUGGGAGACGGCAUCGGCUACGUGCUCUUCACCCUUUUUGCCACCUACAGCAUGCUGCCGCUGCCGCUCACCUGGGCCAUCCUGGCCGGCCUAGGCACCUCUUUGAUGCAGGUGGUCCUCCAAGCGGUCAUCCCCAGGCUGGCGGUCAUUUCCAUCAAUCAGGUUGUGGCCCAGGCAGUGUUAUUCAUGUGUAUGAACACAGCUGGAAUCUUCAUCAGUUACCUGUCAGACCGGGCCCAGCGCCAAGCCUUCCUGGAGACACGGAGGUGUGUGGAGGCCAGGCUGCGCCUGGAGACGGAAAACCAAAGACAGGAGCGACUUGUGCUGUCCGUGCUUCCUCGUUUUGUUGUCCUGGAGAUGAUCAACGAUAUGACCAACGUGGAAGACGAGCACCUGCAGCAUCAGUUCCACCGGAUCUACAUCCAUCGCUAUGAGAAUGUCAGUAUUCUUUUUGCAGAUGUUAAAGGAUUUACCAACCUCUCCACGACCUUGUCUGCUCAGGAGCUGGUCAGGAUGCUCAACGAGCUCUUUGCCAGAUUUGAUCGACUGGCCCAUGAGCAUCACUGCCUUCGUAUUAAAAUCCUGGGGGACUGCUACUACUGCGUUUCAGGACUGCCUGAGCCCCGCCAGGACCACGCCCACUGCUGUGUUGAAAUGGGCCUCAGCAUGAUCAAAACCAUCAGGUAUGUGCGAUCAAGGACGAAGCACGAUGUUGACAUGCGGAUUGGAAUCCACUCGGGCUCGGUGCUGUGUGGCGUGUUGGGUCUUCGGAAGUGGCAGUUUGAUGUCUGGUCUUGGGAUGUGGACAUUGCGAACAAACUUGAAUCUGGAGGAAUCCCCGGGCGGAUUCACAUUUCCAAAGCCACGCUGGACUGCCUCAACGGUGACUAUAAUGUGGAAGAGGGUCACGGUAAAGAGAGGAACGAAUUCUUGAGGAAGCAUAAUAUAGAGACCUAUUUAAUUAAGCAGCCUGAGGAGAGUCUGCUGUCUUUGCCCGAAGACAUCGUCAAGGAGUCUGUGAGCUCCUCAGACAGGAGAAACAGCGGGGCGACGUUCACAGAGGGAUCUUGGAGCCCUGAACUGCCCUUCGAUAACAUAGUGGGGAAACAGAACACUCUGGCUGCCCUAACAAGAAAUUCAAUAAAUCUACUUCCAAACCAUCUUGCACAAGCUUUGCAUGUCCAGUCUGGGCCUGAGGAAAUUAACAAGAGAAUAGAACAUACCAUCGACUUGCGGAGUGGUGAUAAAUUGAGAAGAGAGCAUAUCAAGCCAUUCUCACUGAUGUUUAAAGACUCCAGCCUGGAGCACAAGUAUUCUCAAAUGAGGGAUGAAGUAUUCAAAUCAAACUUGGUCUGUGCGUUUAUCGUUCUUCUAUUUAUCACGGCAAUACAAAGCUUGCUUCCUUCUUCAAGAGUGAUGCCCAUGGCCAUCCAGUUUUCCAUCCUGAUCAUGCUGCACUCGGCUCUGGUCCUCAUCACUACGGCGGAGGAUUACAAGUGCUUGCCCCUGGUCCUCCGAAAAACCUGCUGUUGGAUUAACGAGACCUAUUUGGCCAGGAACGUCAUCAUCUUUGCAUCUAUCUUGAUUAAUUUCCUGGGCGCCAUCCUAAAUAUCCUGUGGUGUGAUUUUGACAAGUCGAUACCCUUGAAGAACCUGACUUUCAAUUCCUCAGCUGUGUUUACAGAUAUCUGCUCCUACCCAGAGUACUUUGUCUUCACGGGGGUGUUGGCCAUGGUGACCUGUGCGGUUUUCCUCCGACUCAACUCUGUCCUUAAGCUGGCUGUGCUCCUGAUCAUGAUUGCCAUCUAUGCCCUGCUGACCGAGACCAUCUAUGCAGGCCUCUUUCUGCGCUACGACAACCUGAACCACAGCGGAGAAGAUUUCCUGGGGACCAAGGAAGCGUCGCUGCUGCUAAUGGCCAUGUUCCUUCUAGCUGUGUUCUACCAUGGACAGCAGCUGGAGUACACGGCCCGCCUAGACUUCCUGUGGCGAGUCCAGGCCAAAGAGGAAAUCAACGAGAUGAAGGAGCUGAGGGAGCACAAUGAGAACAUGCUGAGGAACAUCCUGCCCAGCCACGUGGCCCGCCACUUCCUGGAGAAGGACCGGGACAAUGAGGAGCUGUAUUCUCAAUCCUAUGAUGCAGUUGGGGUGAUGUUUGCCUCCAUCCCGGGGUUUGCAGACUUUUACUCUCAGACCGAAAUGAACAACCAAGGAGUGGAAUGCCUCCGCCUGCUGAAUGAGAUCAUUGCUGACUUCGAUGAGCUGCUUGGUGAAGACCGGUUUCAAGACAUUGAAAAGAUUAAGACCAUUGGUAGUACCUACAUGGCUGUGUCAGGCCUGUCACCUGAAAAGCAGCAAUGCGAGGAUAAGUGGGGACAUUUGUGCGCCCUGGCCGAUUUCUCCCUCGCCCUGACUGAAAGCAUCCAGGAGAUCAACAAGCAUUCCUUCAACAAUUUCGAGCUCCGGAUUGGCAUCAGCCACGGCUCAGUGGUAGCUGGCGUCAUCGGCGCUAAGAAACCACAGUACGACAUCUGGGGCAAAACCGUGAACCUGGCGAGUCGGAUGGACAGCACGGGGGUCAGCGGCAGGAUCCAGGUCCCGGAGGAGACCUACCUCAUCCUGAAGGACCAGGGCUUUGCCUUUGACUACCGAGGGGAGAUCUACGUGAAGGGCAUCAGUGAACAGGAAGGGAAAAUCAAAACGUACUUUCUCCUGGGAAGAGUCCAGCCCAACCCCUUCAUCCUACCCCCCAGGAGACUGCCCGGGCAGUACUCCCUGGCCGCGGUGGUCCUGGGCCUCGUCCAGUCCCUCAACAGGCAGAGGCAGAAGCAGCUGCUGAACGAGAACAACAACACGGGCAUUAUCAAGGGCCACUACAACCGGCGGACUUUGCUGACACCCAGCGGGCCAGAGCCGGGAGCCCCAGCUGAAGGCGCCGACAAGUCCGAGUUGCCAUGA